UAUAGGCAUUGAAUAAUCCAUAGUACCUAGGUAUAGCGUCCAUCCGAGUGUACCGAGAGCAGCAGAUAAUGAAGAGCGAGGCGGCUAUUAAUCUGUGGAAACCAAACCGAAGAAAUGUACUCCAGUAGUGGUGAAUUGCUAGCCGAAAAUGAAUCUGCUGCUGUUUAAUGACAUUAAUUAUGCAUCCGUUGGUAGCGAGGUCCGGUUCCUGGUUACCGUCGAAUUCAACAGUCAUGAGAACAACGACGAUUGUCCUGGUGGUGACAGUGGUAUGUGUUUUGCUCCCACAAGCUGGAUCAGUUCCGGACGAAGUGACCGAUUCGAGGAAACCAUUACUGGCUCCACAUGAAAUCUCCUAUCUAAUAUUAAGUCAACAAUCCCUACUGCACUACGAGCGUGCAAAUGCCCUGCGAAAGAGCAUCCUCGAACAGCAAUUGAAAAUAAACAACCACCUACCAAACUCACCUACCACCAUCGGCGGCGGCGAGAAUGUGCAUUUAUCACACGAGAUUUUCGCCGACCACGAGGGCUCCUGGGCUAUCACACCGGUCCUGAAGCACAUCCGGGCCAGCAUUCUGAAAGCGUCGCACGCCGGCACCCGCUGGCUGAUCAUCUGCGAGGAGGACAGCCACGUGAACGUGAGUCUAUUAGCACACCAUUUGGGGAAAGAGGAUUAUCGACAGGAGCUGUUCCUGGGUUACCCACUGCACGACCGCGAGGCAACCAUUAUUCAUCAUUUUGCGUUUUUCAAAAAUCCAUCAAGCUUCCUUUAUCCGUACCUGCGAGCCGGCAUCGCUCUUACCGUGCCGCUCGUGGAUCGUCUCGUGCAGGUGCUAUCGAGUGCCGGCCAGACCUUGACGGAGUUCUUCAUCGAUGCGGCGCACGAGUUUGCCCUACUGGCGUGGAACCGAGGCACCGGAAAUCGACUCACGCCGGUCACCUACUUCUGUGCACACCCGGCCGCUGCCGCCGCCGCCGAAGGGUGCGCCAUUUACGCCAAACAGAACCAUCCACCUGUUGCUAGCCGAGCCGAGUACGCUGCUGAGGUGACAUCAAGCUCCAUCCUAUUCGCCGUGAAAACGUGCGAAAAGUUCCACGCCGAACGUGUCCCGGUGCUGUUGCACACCUGGGCACGUUACGUACAACACUUGCGGCUAUACAGCGACAUUGGUGAUGCCAGCAUACCGACGAUUGCGACGAGCAUUCCCAACACCAGCAUCGGUCAUUGUGCGAAAACGUUGGAAAUUCUGCAACUGGUGCAGGAGGAAAUGUUUCGCAACCGGACACUAGUGGACGUCCGAUGGAUUAUGCUGGUGGAUGACGACACAAUUUUAAGCCCCUCGGCACUGGUCCGCUUCCUGAGCGCCUUCGAUCCGUCCCAAGACGUGUACAUCGGCGAACGGUACGGUUACCAUUUGCUCGCCCAAGACGGCCAGGGCUACAACUACGUUACCGGCGGGGGCGGAAUAGUGAUUAGUGUGCGGAUCCUUGGCGCACUGCUACGGUCUUGCGAGUGCCCUUCGGCUUCCUCGCCGGACGACAUGAUCAUUGCAGCUUGCCUGUACCGGCUGGGCAUACGACCGAUUCACUCGCCGCUCUUCCAUCAGGCCCGCCCCUCGGACUACCCGCCGGAAGCGCUGGACCCGGCCAGCAUAUCCUUCCACAAGCACUGGCAAAUCGAUCCCUAUCAGGUGUACAACAGGUGGUUCAGAAAGAACGACGAAGCGUGGUGGCACCAGCAAGAACGACAGCAACGGCGAAAGUUCACUUCGCUCCAUGACCACCAACCGGCUCAGACGGAAGCCAUUUCCGGUGGCAGAAGUGAGCCACUGCUCCAGCCGAAACAUAUCAGUAACGAUAACGACAGCGCACGACAGGAGCAGCACAAUCAUCUGCCUCAUGGCGUUGUGAAUGUGGUCCGUUCCCACCAGCAGCAGCGUGGAAAGCACAAUCAACCGCCACCCGUGGAUGAGGAGGAGGACCUGACGGGAGGAGCCACCAUCACCACCUCCCCCAGUAGUGCCGCCCCCACCGCCCGGAUGAUAGCAAAUGAUUAUCAUCAUCGUUAUCAAAACGCACAUAUCAGCAAACAUUUCUGCGAGGAUAAUGAGCUCCAAUCAAACGGCAACUUGCUGCUGAAUCAGCGGCAACCCCAUCAUCAUCAACAGCCGCAGCAGCAGCAGCAGUCUUUUGUGGGCAGAACGACCGACGACGGCAGCAGACACAGCUUCCAGGAACCGAACAUAAUCAAGCAUACCGAACUGUGAGACCAGUCAGUGGGUUGGGGAGGGCUACCGUUCAGAAUAACAGCGAUAGGGCGAGCAACAAUGACCUGUCUCGCAACUGUUUGACAAGCAAGGAAGAAUGGCAGCAAUUUGUCUGGAUAAACGCGAACUGUUUGUACCUUUACUUGUUUUUAAAUAAACAAUAUCAUUUUGUAAUCGCAA